UCGGGCGCACACCAUGUCGGUCGCGGUCAGCAACAGGUUCCAAGGAGGGAAGGCGUUCGGCUUGCUCAAAGCCCGGCAGGAAAGAAGGCUGGCGGAGAUCAACCGGGAGUUCCUCUGUGACCAGAAGUACAGCGAUGAAGAGAACCUGCCGGAAAAGCUCGCGGCCUUCAAAGAGAAAUAUAUGGAGUUUGACCUGAACAAUGAAGUCGAGAUUGAUCUAAUGUCUUUAAAGAGGAUGAUGGAGAAGCUGGGGGUACCCAAGACCCAUCUGGAGAUGAAGAAGAUGAUCUCGGAGGUGACCGGAGGUGUCAGUGAUACCAUCUCCUACCGCGACUUCGUGAACAUGAUGCUGGGCAAGCGGUCGGCUGUCCUCAAACUGGUCAUGAUGUUUGAAGGAAAAGCCAAUGAGAGCAGCCCCAAGCCAGCUGGCCCCCCUCCCGAGAGAGACAUCGCCAGCCUGCCCUGAGGACUGGCCUGGACCCUCCAGGCUGCUAUCCGCCCUUGGCUCUCUGCUUUCUCCACUCCUUGUUGUCUGUCUUCUUUGUUUUGUCCUAAUGGACUCAUUUCUUCUUCAUUGCCGUUUCUUUAUGGACGCACAUGUUACCUGCCUUAACGAGACUGGGGAACCCUAAGCCUCAGGGUCCAUGCUCUCUGCUUCCUGCUGCCCUGCCCUCCCUACACAGAAGGGCUGACAUCAAAACUGGAGAGGGCGUGGAGGCCGCACACCUGAGUUCCCAUGUUUGAAGAGGGUCUUGCCCAUCAAUUCAUCUUUCAAGGUUUCUUGAGACAGUGUUUCUUUGUGUGAUAGUCCUGGCUGUCCUGGAACUCACUCUGCAAACCAGGCUGGCCUUAAACACACAAAGAUCCACCUGUCUCUG